CCACGGGCCCAGCCCAGAACACUCGGAGCAAGCUACGGCCUGAGGAUCCAGUCGUUACCCUCCCUCUCCGUCCCUAUGGGCCCAUGAUAGACGAUGGGACAGAUGGAGGGCAGAUGCCCGCUUUACAGUACUGGCCUUUUUCUACCUCAGAUCUCUAUAACUGGAAAAACAAUAACCCUCCUUUUUCUGAUGAUCCUUCUAAGCUAACAGGUCUAAUGGAUUCUGUUAUGUUCUCCCACCAACCCACAUGGGACGACUGUCAACAGCUCCUAGGGGUCCUGUUCACCACCGAGGAAAGAGACCGCAUCCUCCUGGAAGCCCGGAAAGCUGUUCCCGGAGAGGAUGGCAGACCCACCCAGAGACCAGACUGGAUCAAUGACUUCUUCCCCUUAAAGCGCCCCAACUGGGACCCCAACUCACCUGCUGGUAGGCAGCAUCUUUCUAUCUAUCGCCAGACUCUAAUGGUAGGUUUCCGGGCGGCCGCAAGGCGCCCCACUAAUCUGGCCAAGGUAAGAGAAGUUACCCAAGGACCUGCUGAGACUCCCUCAGUUUUUCUAGAAUGCCUGAUGGAAGCUUACCGGCGAUAUACGCCUUUUAACCCUGAGGAGGAAGGCCAACAAGGCUCAAUAGCUAUGGCCUUUAUAGGACAAUCAGCCCCUGAUAUAAGACGUAAGCUCCAAAGGCUAGAUGGUCUCCAAGACCUGACUCUGAGGGAUCUUGUUAAGGAAGCUGAAAAAGUCUACUAUAAGCGGGAGACAGAGGAAGAGAAAGAAUUAGCUAGGGACAAAAGACGAAACAAGGAAUUAACUAAGAUGUUGGCCACAGUUAUUCAGGGAAAACCUGAGCCAGGAAAGGGAAAGCCCACUCGCCCUCCAUUAGACCCUGACCAAUGUGCAUAUUGUAAGGAAAAAGGACACCUGAUCAAAGACUGUGAAAAGUUAAAAAAGAAACGGGCCAAAGAAGAACGAGAAAGGCAGUCCUCACAGCGAUCCCGAGCCCCCAUGCUCGCCCUAGAUGAAGAAGACUAGGGACUUCAGGGCUCGGAUCCCCUCCCCGAGCUCAGGGUAAUAUUUAAAGUGGAGGGGACUCCCGUGGAAUUCGAGGUCGAUACGGGAGCUGUUUAUUCGGCCUUACAAGCCCCCUUAGGGGCCCUUUCAACUAAGAAAUCAUUAGUUCAAGGGGCUAACGGGAGCAAAUAUCGCUCGUGGACCACUGAGCGCACAGUUGACUUAGGCAAGGGAAAAGUAAAACACUCCUUUCUGGUUAUUCCUGAAUGUCCUGCUCCCCUCCUGGUAUGGGACUUAUUAACCAAACUGGGGGCAAAGAUUUCCUUUGAGCCCCAAGGACCUCAAGUAACAUUCCGUAACCCAAAGGUUGGGCAACCUAUGGUUACGGUGUUAUCUCUAAAACUGGAAGAUGAAUAUAGGCUCUACGACCACCAGGAUCCCCAGCCUAUCGCCCCAGCCUGGCUAACUGAUUUUAAAGAAUCCUGGGCCGAGACGGCUGGACUUGGGCUGGCAAGCCAGCAACCGCCUGUAGUGGUUACUUUAAAAACCACUGCCUCCCCUAUUCGGGUCAAGCAAUAUCCCAUUAAUAGAGAAGCUCACCUAGGGAUUAAGGUGCACAUACAGAGACUUUUAGACCAAGGGGUAUUAACUCCUUGUCGGUCUGCAUGGAAUACUCCGUUACUCCCGGUCAAAAAGCCCGGGACGAAUGACUACAGACCGGUACAGGACCUAAGGGAGGUCAAUAGCAGGGUAGAAGACAUUCACCCCACCGUACCCAAUCCCUAUAAUCUCCUCAGCGAGUUAAAUCCGUCAAGAACUUGGUAUACUGUUCUAGAUUUAAAGGAUGCCUUUUUCUGUUUGCCUUUACACAAAGAUAGCCAGCCCUUAUUUGCAUUUGAAUGGACGGACCCUGAGACUGGGUCCGCCGGACAACUAACCUGGACGCGCCUCCCACAGGGCUUCAAAAACAGCCCAACCAUCUUUGAUGAAGCCCUACAUAAGGAUUUAGCCCACUUUCGGGCUCAACACCCAAGCCUCACCCUUCUUCAAUAUGUAGAUGACUUGCUGCUGGCUGCGGACUCUGAGGGUGACUGCACAAGCGGAACUCAGGACCUUUUACGUGAGUUGGCUAUCCUGGGGUAUAGGGCAUCAGCAAAAAAGGCUCAAAUUUGUAAGCGAGAGGUAAUUUUUCUGGGCUACUCCUUAAAAGGGGGAAAAAGGUGGCUCACUGAGGCCAGAAAACAGACUGUGGUCCAGAUUCCCCCUCCAAAGAGUCAAAAACAAUUACGAGAGUUCCUGGGCACUGCGGGGUUUUGCCGGUUAUGGAUCCCCGGAUUCGCAACUUUGGCAGCUCCCCUAUAUCCGUUACUGAAGGGGGGAUCUCCCUUUAUCUGGAAAAAAGAUCACCAGCAGGCCUUUGAUGCCAUCAAGCGGGCUCUCCUGUCUGCUCCGGCCCUGGCUCUUCCUAAUGUGGAUAAGCCCUUUACUCUCUUCAUGGAAGAAAAAAAAGGAAUAGCGAGAGGAGUGCUGACCCAGGCCUUUGGGCCAUGGAGGCGUCCGGUGGCUUACCUCUCAAAAAGAUUGGACACUGUGGCAAGCGGGUGGCCACCCUGCCUAAAGGCCAUCGCAGCAGCUGCCUUGCUCAUUAAAGACGCUGACAAAUUGACUUUGGGACAGAAAAUAACAAUCAUUGCCCCGCACACGCUAGAAAGCAUCAUCCGCCAGCCUCCAGACAGGUGGCUCUCAAAUGCCAGAGUUACUCGUUAUCAGAGCCUCUUGCUCAACAAGGACAAGAUAACUUUUGGACCCCCGGUGACUCUCAACCCAGCGACUCUGCUGCCGGAAGAAGCUUCGGAACCCGUCCUCCAUACCUGCCAGGACGUCUUGGCAGAAGAGGCCGGAGUACGACCGGACUUAUUGGAUUGCCCCUUACCCAAUGCAGAGGUGACCUACUUCACUGACGGGAGUAGCUUUUUGAUUCAAGGUAAGCGGUAUGCGGGGGCGGCUGUGACUGAUUAUUCCAAUGUUAUAUGGACAGCCAGACUAGAGGACGGGUCCUCGGCCCAAAAGGCCGAACUGAUUGCUUUGACUAAGGCUCUGGAGCUCACUAAAGGAAAGCGAGCGAACAUUUACACGGAUAGCUGAUAUGCUUUUGCAACGGCCCACAUCCACGGGGCCAUAUACCGCCAGCGGGGGCUUCUGACCUCCGCAGGAAAAGAAAUAAAACACAAACAGGAAAUCCUCCAGUUGCUCGCUGCAGUUAUGUUGCCCCAGAAGGUGGCGAUAAUACACUGUAACAGUCACCAGAAAGGGACUGAUCCCGUCACAAGGGGAAACAACCUGGCCGAUCAGGCAGCAAAAUCUGCAGCCAUGGGAGACUCACAGAUGUUGGUGACUGAUGUCAAAGAUUCUCCUCAAAAGGAGAAAGCUCAGAUUAACCAAACCCCUGAAACACCUGAUUUGACUGCUUACAUACAACAGGCCCACCGGCUCACUCAUUUGGGAGCUAAAAAGCUAAGCCUACUGGCCCAACGCCAAGACUUCCCAGGGGUAUCCCCCACUGCCAUACGUCAGGUCGCCAAUCGGGUGGUGGCUAAUUGUGAGGCAUGUCAAUUGACCAAUGCCUACCCUGCCAAGUUGGCCCCCGGCAAAAGGCUACGCGGCACCAGACCUGGACAAUACUGGGAAGUGGACUUUACAGAAGUUAAGCCUGCCCAAUGUGGACUAAAAUAUCUGCUAGUUUUUGUAGACACCUUUUCUGGAUGGACUGAGGCUUUUCCUACCAAAAAGGAAACCGCUGCCGUGGUAACUAAAAAAUUGAUGGAAGAAAUAUUUCCCCGGUUCGGAUUGCCAAAGGUAAUAGGGUCUGAUAAUGGACCGGCGUUUGUGGCUAAGGCUCAUCGCCCUUGACAAUCUACAGAGGGACGUGUGGACGCAGCUAGCCUCGGCCUAUGCUCCCAGUGAGUUCCCCGCGCCACAUCCGUACCAGGUGGGAGACUUUGUGUUCGUCCGGCGCCACCAACAAGAGACUCUACAGCCUCGCUGGAAAGGACCAUACCAGGUCCUAUUGACUACUCCUACAGCGGUAAAGGUUGACGGAGUCGCCUCUUGGGUACACGCGUCACAUCUAAAGCCUGCUUCAGCGCCAGAGGACGGCUCCUGGGAACUCAAGCGGUCUGAUAACCCCUUAAAACUUAAGCUGAGCCGAAAGACUCUUUAAUGCUGUUUCUGUACAC